UCCAUGAUGGGCGGAGGUGGUGGUGGUGGCCGUAUCACCGCCAUGCGCGCGGGCAGCGUCUACGGAGGAGCAGGGGGCUCUGGGGUGAAGAUCUCGACUGCUUCAAGGUCCUUCAGUGCUGGUGGUGGAGGUGGCUAUGGUCUUGGUCUUGGUGGUGCGUUUGGUGGGGGUGACGUAGACCUCAAUGAAAAAGCCACCAUGCAGAACCUGAAUGACCGUCUGGCCUCCUACUUGGACAAGGUGCGCUCUCUGGAAAAGGCCAAUGCUGACCUAGAGCUGAAGAUCCGUCAGUUCCUGGAGAGCAAGGCAGGCCCUGCAGCCCGGGACUACUCCGCCUAUGAGGCUAUCAUCAGCGACCUGCAGGGCAAGAUCCAGGACGCCACACGAGUCAAUGGAGGAAUCUACCUCAGCAUUGACAACGCUAAACUAGCCGCAGACGACUUCAGAACUAAGUAUGAGAAUGAACUGGCUUUGCGCCAGUCAGUGGAGGCAGAUAUCGCUGGGCUGAAGAAGCUUCUGGAUGAGCUGACAUUAGCCAGAUCUGACCUGGAGAUGCAGAUUGAGGGUCUUAGAGAAGAGCUCAUCUUCCUCAAGAAGAACCACGAAGAGGAACUGGCAGCCAUGCGCUCACAGAUGACAGGCCAGGUACACGUGGAGGUUGACGCAGCGCCUCAAGAAGACCUGUCUCGCGUCAUGGCUGAGAUCCGUGAGCAGUACGAGGCUGUCGCUGCCAAAAACCAACGAGAUUUGGAGGCCUGGUUCCAAACCAAGACUGAGACCCUGUCAAAGGAGGUGGCAUCCAGUACAGAGAGUCUGCAAACAUCUAAGUCAGAAAUUACCGAGCUCAGACGUACACUGCAAGGCUUGGAAAUUGAACUACAAUCUCAGCUCAGUAUGAAAGCAUCUCUAGAAGGCACCUUGGCAGAGACUGAGAAUCGCUAUGCUAUGCAGCUGGCCGGGCUGCAGGCUCAGGUGAACGGGAUGGAGGAGCAGCUGCAGCAGCUGCGUAGCGACUUGGAGAGACAGAGCCAAGAGUAUCAGAUCCUUCUCGAUCUCAAAACCAGACUGGAGAUGGAGAUUGCUGAGUACAGAAGGCUGCUGGACGGAGAGGCUGGCAGGUAG